CUCUCUACCCUACCGCAUGUGGUAAAGCAAAAGCAGUUUUCUUCUGUCUACAUGAAAUAUCUCUGAAAAUGGAGAAUGGAUAUUAGUGUACUAGCAAUUUUGCUGUAAACUGUGCCUGAAGGAUUGCUUGCUAAUUCUGCUUGGAGAAGGAAAACUGCUGAACAAAACACACUGUGUUAUUUAAAUACAGGACCAAUGGCAAUUGAAAAAGUGACAGAUAUCCCUUCGGAUAAUGUGUAUGCUUAUGCAUUAUCAAAAACCCUCACAAAGGUCUCUUCUCCUGUGACGGUGGGUUUGUAUUCAGAAUGUCAAAACAGGAUCAACAUGGUCCUCAAGAACAUUGAGGUUCACAUGAAUCAGGAGGCCAAAAGAAGAGAAGAGAAGUACACUAAGGGACCAAAGCCUCGCUCAAUUACACCUUCUAUUUUCGACAUGCUCUCUUUAAUCCUACGCCUCCUCUUCUAUCGGCCUGUCUGGACGGAGCAGAACCAAAACAUGAAGAACAUUCGGUAUAUGUUCGUGAGGUUCAGCGCAUGGCAUUUUGCAGGCAGCGACUUUCUCUGGGCAGGACUGGUAAUGCAGUUGACCAAGGCUAUUCAGAACAGCUUUGGUAAACUCCAGCUGGGCCUUUUCCGAAUCGCCCAACAUGAUGAAGAGAAAGAUGCAGGGAAGAAAAAGAUUGAGGAUGUUUCAAAGAACUGGAGGUCAAAAAAGAUGGGCUGCAUCCCCAUUUGGGCGCUAAUACUUAUGGGAUUCAUUGGAUCACUCCUUAUUCUGGUUCCUCUCAUCAUAUAUGGAUUUCCUCAUCUGAAGAAACACCUAGAAGGAGAAAAGGUUGAGGAGUCAAGUGGUUACGGUGCACUGGAAGGUAUCGCCAUCAGCGUACUUGGCGUUCCUGCAAUCGCAGUUCUGCGAUUUAUAUUUUUGCUGUCGAAGAACCUCAUCUUCAACCAGGACCUCAAAAUUAGACAAGGGCUGGACAACAAGAAGGUAAGUCAGCAGCUGGGACUCAUGCAUGAAGUUCGGAAGGAGAUGAGACUGCUGUGCUGCUUCAUCUACUUCAUGGAGAUCUUCGAAAGAAGAAGGAUCAGGGUGGUGUUAGAGAUCACAAACUUGGACCGUUGCACACCGAAGAAAAUUGUAGGUGUUUUGGAUGCCAUCAACAUUCUCCUGUCUGAUGAUGAGAGUCCAUUCAUUUCUGUGCUUGCCGUAGAUCCGGAAGUCUUGGUAGGACAGGUCGAACAGGCAGAAGACUGUCUAAGCAAAAGAGACUCUGCAUAUGACUUUCUAGAUCGUAUAAUCACACUGCCCUUCACUGUACCUCCACUAACAGAUGCUUCGAAGUCCAUCGUCUUUGGAAACAUUGUCCAUGGUCAGUCUGAGGUUCCUGAAGACAUUCCUCUUGAGGAGACCAAAGCAUCUGCUGUAGAAAGUCUCAGAACUUCGUUCUCUGUUGAAGAUGAAUGUUCUGUAAAGUACAGUGAGACUGAAGAACAAGCCAUUCCUUUGAUUGCAAAGAAAGGAAACAUUGAAACCUUCACUGCAGCGGAACUUAAUCUACGAGAAGUGGAUAAGUUAAUUGAGUCUACAUAUUCCUGCAUCUCCACAAGAGAUAAAAGCAAACUUCAGUCUUACAUAUCUGGAGAAACCAUGUCUAUGAGACGAGUGAUUAACUCCAUUCGAGUAACUAUUAUGAUUAUGGAGACCCGAAAAUUUGAGCCACCACCUCCAGAGAAAAUUGCUGCAUGGGUGGUUUUGGUGGAUCUUUGGCCUUGCAGAUUAAGUUGGAUUCUUCAGUGCAUUGAAGAUGACCAACAGAGUGAUGAGGUAGACGGAUCAUUCUGUGCCACUGAUAAUUCCAAGACAUUAUGGGAAGUGUUCAAUUAUAAUAGCAUGGAGCUCUGCAUCAUUGGACAUGCUGUGGAAGACUUUCUAGAAAGAGACGGGGACCCUGAGCUGUUUGAGGUUUUCCUUAGGAAAGACUUUGUGUUCACUGUAGGGGAGUUGGAAAUGUUACAGCUUUGCACAGUGAACUUAAACUACUCCAUCAAGAAUGAGCUAGCCAGGGUCCGUGGGAGCCGCAGACUCAGGAGAGCAGGGAGAAAUGCUUUCCUGUCCCUCUCAUCACGAACUGUAAUGAACAUGAAAACAGAAGAUAUUUGUCAAGAGCUGUCGAAACUGAAAUUCCCAGAGAAAUACCUCGAAGCGGUAAGGGAAAAUUUCAUAGACGGCAAAACGAUUCUCUUCAGUGACCCCAAAGACCUCAGGCAAGUCCUGCAAAUGACUCUGGGUGAAUGGAUGACUUUUAAAAUUCAUUUCCUCGGGGUCACACCUUCUAGUCGGACAGCUCAGGCAAAAACUCCAAACGCCACAAACCAUGAAGUGGUCAUAUGCCCAUCUGGCAAGUAAGCAGUAUAACCGACCUUGAGGUUUGCAUCACUGCAUUUUUCCUCCUGUGCAUGCUUGCAACGGCCUGAGAAUGUUUCAGGAAACAAUACUGCAUAACUACAAAAAUAUAAUUCCCUUACGGCAAGAUUGUAAAUGUACACCAGCGAACCAGACUACUCAACAAAUGAUGACAUUUAAAAAUAGAGCUUUGUUAUGCAGAAAACUUUCAGUCUUCAAACAGAUCAAAUUCAUAACAUGCAUUAUUUAUAAUGGGAAUAACUUAACUAUUAAGAAGCUUUUCCAAUAAUUCUAGGUAAAAUAAACUACUACUGAAUGUCAUUUCUGCACCAAAAUAAAAAAGGAAAUGGAAUCUUCUACAGUGUGGAGCAGAAAAGGUACUACAAUAAACACCCAAGUUUAAAUCUGCAUAAAUAUCAUCUUGCUUAGUUUUAAUUAAUGUAUUGAUUUUAUUCAUUUACUGAUAUUGCAAACCUUAUAAGACUGUGUAACCACCUUAAGAACAUGAAAACUGUUCAGCUAGCCUGAACUUAUUCCCCACACAUCCACACCUGAGACACAGCAGGUCCAAUGAUAACACCAUUCAUCAGUUUACCACCGUCAGACCAUCGAUCCCAUCUGUGAAGGAAAAAGAAACAUAAUCACACAAGGCAUUGGACUUUACAAAGCUGAAUUUUGUGUUUGUAAAUUAUAAGGUUUCUGUGCAAUGAAACUGGUUACCUAGACACUUUGCCCGCCUGUCAUUGGUCAAACAAACAGACAGGCAUGUCUCAAAAUCAUUGGGCCUUGUCUUUAUUCAGAAUUUAAAACACUAAGGGCAUAUAGCCUAAAAAUAAAACAGCAUUGUAU